GAAUUUCUCUACAUUUCUCCUACAGAAGGCCUAUAUUCAGAUUAUCUCAUUCAUACUUUGUUCGCCUCAUUUGACUGCAUUACCGAAAAUUGAUAUUUUACAUCAGACUCACAAGUCAAAAUGGGACAGAUAUUUUUGAAUGUUAAAAACAAUUUCAAAUACAAAUAAGCUCUUUAUACCCUUUUUUCGUCCGUUUCCAAUAUAUUUUGUAAGGGACUUUUAAAUUAAUUUCAAGCAAUGGACCCUACAGGCGAGGAAGACUAUCGUUCACAUUUGAGGACACAUUUUAGGCAUAUAAUUAAGAAUCCGAAAUUACAAGUAAGCACCAAUAGUACCGUCCCAAGUACCGUGGACCGUUCCAAAUUGGCAGAGUUUUACCAACAGCAGCAGUGUACGGCGCAGCAAUACAAGGAUCAUGUGCAGCGUACGCAAAAGUUAAAUGAAUACGACAACUACCAACAGCAGCGCAGACAAGCAUCGCAUUUAAGCGGUGGCGAUGCAGACCGCGCACUCCAUGAUGCACAUGUCCCUGAUCUUAGUAGUCAAGCCGAUAGUUACCGUGGCAGCUGCUACAAUGAAAGAAACGGUUUUAAUCGCCAAUCUCACUUCAAGUCAAAGGCAAUGGCUGCACUGCCAGUGCCCGGCGGCGCCAAUCAACAUAAAUACCAUAGUGAUGACGCCAAAGUGUUUUUAUAUGAAACUGACUCUAAUAUUGGCGGCGGUGGACCUGGUUCUGAGGAAAGCAAUAAAUCUCUGAAGUCUUCGAAAACAGUGGUGAGUAAGAAGAGUUCG